GUUCACGCUCACGUCCCACAGUCGUCGGCCAUGUUGUUUUUAUGUGACAGCGCUGUACAGCAACAGGUUGCCACAGAUUCUCAGUAAAACACUUCUUAAAUUUGUUAAAAGAUCCCGGUUAACCGUUUUCAGUUACUUUACUUCAAGCGACAAUAAGCAAACAUAUGUGUUCUUUCCAGAAGAUUUCACAAAGUCAGUAAUGGCUAUUUCUCCACUGUUGUGUAAUAUGACUGGGCUAGCCAGCUGAGACGAGGAGAUCAGGACCACUCUCCUCAUAUCCCCGCCACCUGCAGCCAUGAAUGGCGGUCGAAGUAUUUGGGCUAUAACUCCAGAGGAGAGGGACAAACAUGAUCAGAAGUUUGACACCCUCUCGCCAAUUCAAGGCUUGGUCACUGGGGAAAAGGCACGAGGCUUCUUUAUUCAGUCCGGGCUUCCCCAGCCUGUGCUAGCUGAGAUCUGGGCCCUGGCUGAUAUGAAUAAAGAUGGUAAGAUGGACCGGCUGGAGUUUUCUAUAGCCAUGAAGCUGAUCAAGAUGAAACUGCAGGGACAAAGUCUUCCUUCAGCUCUGCCUAUCAUCAUGAAGCAGCCACCUGUGCCAGCUCCAAUCAUGUCAGCAACACCUCUUGGCAUGAGCGCUAUGCCAAACGUACCCAUGAUGCCCAACGUGCCCAUUCUGACCCAUUUACCCAUGACCACUAUGAGCCAAAUGCCAGGCUUGACUCCCAUGAUGGGCACAGGGCUGUCUGUCCCAGUGAUGCCAACCAUCAGCACUCCGGCUUUACCUAACGGACCUAUCGCCAUGCUACAUCAUACCCCAAUCUCUCUUAACUCAACUCUCCCUCUGUCAAGUUCCUUUUCAUCCUCUCCAUUGGGUUUCUCAGCCACUCCUAUCAACACGGCCCCAUCUUUGCUGGACAUGGGCUCGAGCAGCUCAAACUCCUCCUCCAGCACCUCAUUGGCCGGCAACUCUCCCAAGGCCUCCCCCUCUGAUUGGGCCGUCCCACAGGCAUCACGACUCAAAUACAGGCAACAGUUUAACAGCUUGGACAAGCAAAUGAGUGGAUAUCUAACAGGCCCUCAAGUAAGAAAUGCAAUGGCUACAACUUUGCUUUCUCAGACCCAGCUAGCUAGCAUCUGGAAUCUGGCUGAUGUCGAUAAGGAUGGCAAACUAAGAGCAGACGAGUUUAUAUUGGCCAUGCAUCUGGUUGACAUGGCUAAAAUGGGACAGCCCCUGCCUCUAGCGCUUCCUACAGAUUUGGUGCCUCCAUCACUAAGAGGGAAAGCUGGCGACUCUGUAAAUGGAACCACUCCCUCUAUCUACGCAGGCCUGACUGAGGACCUCUAUGAGGCCGAGCCUCCACAAAAAUCAAAGAACAAUUUGACUUUUGAGGAUAGGUUCAAACAGAACCUGGUGAUGGGAAACGCUGAGCUGGAGAAGCGUCGACAGGCCCUGCUGGAGCAGCAACGCAGGGAGGAGGAAAGGAGAGCGCAGAAGGCCAGAGAGGAGCAGGAGAGGAAAGAGAGGGAGGCGCGGGAGCUGGAGCUGAAGAGGAAGAGGGAGGAGGAGCAGAGGCUGGAGCGACAGAGAGAGCUGGAGAGGCAACGAGAAGAGGAAAGACUACGAGAGUUAGAGAGAAAAGAGGCAGCCAAGAAGGAGCUGGAGCGCCAGCAAAAGCUUGAGUGGGAGCGGAGGAAAAAACAGGAGCUCCAGAACCAGAAGAGUGAGGAGCAGGAGGAGAUUGUUAAGCUCCGAGCCAAGAAGAGGAGUCUGGAGAUGGAGCUGGAAGCUGUGGGCAAUAAGCAGAAGCAAAUCUCUGACAAGCUCCGAGAUGCUCAAGGAAGAAAGAUAAUUCAGAAAAACGAGCUAGAAAAGAUCAACCAGAAGAGAGACUCCUGCAUUACGGAAAUGAACUCCGUACAGAAGCAGUUAGAGGAAUUUAAGAGAAAGUUGGCACAGUCGAUCACUGAGCAGCAAAAACUUGGCGAAAGACUACGCAAUCUGAGUCUGAACAACCUCCCUACUGCGACCGUAAACACUUUACAGAGGAGUGUGGAAGAGAAAGGUCUCACCUGUCAAAAGCUUAAAGAACAACUUGCCACUUUGGAGACGGAAACCGCGACAAAAUUAGCAGACAUGGAUCGGUAUAAGAAAGAAAUCCAGGAUCUCAGAGAGAGCCAGAGGAAGCAGCAGUCUGCUUUGGAGAAACUCCGCACCAUCAAAGAAGACAAAAUUAGAGAGAUGAAGAAGCGUAGGCAGGAGGAAUUGGAAAAGAGGAGGAGAGAAGAAGAAGAGCAGAAGCGUAUCAAACUGGAGAAGGAUCGACAGUGGCAAGAGAAACUGCGGCGUGAUGAAGAGGAGAGACAGAGGAAAAUACAGGAGGAGAGAGAGGCCAAACUUCGUGAGGAGGAGGAACGGGAGAGACAAGCUCGUUUACAGGCUGCUAAAGAACAAGCAGAGCGAGAGCGCAAAGCCAGAGAGGAGGAGGAUAGGAGACGCAAGGAGGAGGAGGAAAGGAGACGCAGAGAAGAUGAGGAAAGGAAGCGUAAAGAGGAGGACGAAAGGAGGGAACAAGAGAAGAGGAGACUUGAUGAGAAAAGAAGGCGGGAGGAAGAGGAAGAACGCAGACGUAGAGAUGAAGAGAGGAGAAAAUUAGAGGAGGAGAGGAGAAAACUGGAGGAGGAAAGAAAAAAAUUGGAAGAGGAAAGAAAACGGCAGGAGACGUUACGAUUGGAGGAUGAGCGGAGAAGAAAAGAGGAAGAGCGACGCGAGGAGGAAAGAAGACUGGCGCGGGAGGAGGAGGAGAGGAGGCGGCAACGCGCACAGGAGGCAGCUGUAAGAGACGCAGAGGAGAGAAAGAGACUAGAAGAAGAGAGAAAGAGAAAGGAGGAGGAGAAGAGAAGGCAGGAAGAGCAGGAAAGGAGGCGUCGGGAGGAGGAACAAAGAAAACAGGAUGAGGAAAGGAAGAGGAAACAGCAGGAGGAAGAGGCAGCAGCCGCACAGCUGAGAGUCGAUCAACAGAACAAGAACAACACUGUUAAAUCAGACAUCGUUGCUGCUCUUCUGCGCGGCCUGGAGGAGAGGAAAGGCACCAGACAGCCACUUGCAGCACAUCACAGAAAAUCAGCUGCACUGACCACAUUUAAAGCUCUCUACCCCUUCACAGCAAGAAAUGAUGAAGAGCUCUCCUUUGAAACCGAUGACCUGAUUGAGGUGGAUGAGAGCGUAGAGAGAGAACAGGGCUGGCUUUACGGCAGUCGCCAGGGCAAGAUGGGCUGGUUUCCUGAGAGCUACGUGGAGAGGCAGGCCAAAACUGAGGGUCCGCCAACAGCCAAACGAGCCCUAAAGCCACAGCUCUCCAUCUCCAGCAGCAAACUGAGUGAUAGUUCUGUGCCAAGUGGAUCCCGGCUGAACUCCGCCUUCACCCCCACCCAUGCCACAGGCUCCACGUCUUCUAACCACAGUCAGGUGGUGGGAAAUGUGCAAGCUCAAGCUUUGUGCUCCUGGACCGCAAAGACAGACAACCAUCUAAACUUCUCUAAAGAUGAUGUCAUUACAGUCAUGGAGCAACAGGAGAACUGGUGGUUGGGAGAACUGAACGGGGUUCAGGGGUGGUUCCCCAAAACCUAUGUCUCCGUGCUGAGCAACAGUGAUGCACCAGCAGAUUCUACCGAUGGAUCUGACGCUUCAGCAGAUGGAGCAAACUAUGAAGAGUAUGUGGCGCUGUAUACCUAUGAGAGUCCUGAACCUGGCGACCUGACCUUCACCGAAGGUGACACCAUCCUGGUAACAGAGAGAGAGGGCGAGUGGUGGAAAGGCAGCAUAGGAGAUCGAUCGGGAGUCUUCCCGUCCAAUUACGUGAAGCCAAAAGAAACUGAUACUUCAAGUCUUUCUGGAAAACUUGGAGUACCUGGGAAGAAGCCAGAGGUGGCUCAGGUGACCACUGCAUAUACAGCUACAGGCCCAGAGCAAUUGAAUCUGACCCCUGGCCAGCUUAUCCUCAUCCUCAACAAGAACCCUUCUGGCUGGUGGCUCGGAGAACUGCAGGCCAGGGGAAAGAAGCGUCAAAAGGGCUGGUUUCGUGCUUCACACGUCAAACUAUUGGGGUCAAACAGUGGCAAAUCCACACCUGCAUCUGCGGCUGUUUGUCAAGUUAUCGCCAUAUACGACUACACCGCAGCCAAUGAGGAUGAGCUCAGCUUCUCCAAGAAUCAGAUCAUCAACGUGUUGGACAAAAACGAUCCUGAUUGGUGGAAAGGAGAACUCAAUGGGGUCACAGGCUUGAUCCCUACCAACUAUGUGAAAAUAACCACAUCAGAUUCAGACUCCGGUCAGCUGGGUUUACAAGAGAAGAAACGACAGGAUUCAAUUGAUGAGCUCAUUGAUACAGAAGAGAAAUACACGGAAGAUCUACAGCUGGUCCUGGAGGUCUUCUACAAGCUCAUGUCUGAGUCCGGUCGACUGACGGAGGCUGAAAUGAACAUGAUUUUUGUCAACUGGGGGGAACUUGUACAGUGCAGCAGCAAGACGCUAAAGGCCCUAAAGGCAAGGACGAAAUCGGGAGGAGAGCCUGUUCACAUGAUCGGAGACGUCCUGGCGUCCGAGCUGUCGCACAUGCCGGCCUACAUCCGCUUCUGCAGCUGCCAGCUGAACGGUGCUGCUCUGCUACAAGAGAGAACGGAUCAGGACCCAGACUUCAAAACCUUCCUCAAGAAAAUUGCCACAGAUUACCGUUGUAAAGGAAUGCCACUGUCCAGCUUUUUACUCAAACCAAUGCAAAGGAUUACCAGAUACCCACUUCAUAUUAAAAAAAUUCUCAAAAGUACUCCAGAAAAUCAUCCGGACUAUGCUCAUCUCCAAGAGGCGUUGGAGAAGGCAGAGCUGCUGUGCACUCAGGUGAACGAGGGCGUCCGAGAGAAAGAAAACUCUGACAGAUUGGAGUGGAUCCAGUCUCACGUGCAAUGUGAAGGAAUCACUGGGAAUCUGACCUUCAACUCUCUUACCAACUGCCUGGGUCCUCGGAGACUGCUGCACAGUGGGAAGUUGUUCAAGACAAAAAGCAAUAAAGAGUUAUACGCCUUUCUGUUCAACGACUUUCUGCUGUUUACCCAAGCUGUCAGGCAACAGCUUGGGUUUACCUCCUCAGGAACAGAGAAGCUCUUCAGCCCCAAGUCCAACACUCAAUACAAGAUGUACAAGACGCCUGUGUUCCUCAAUGAAGUUCUGGUGAAACCUCUGUCGGAUUUAUCCAGUGAUGAGCCUGUCUUCCACAUCUCCCACAUAGACCGUGUGUACACCCUCAAGACUGAGAACAUUAAUGAGAGGACUGCAUGGGUUCAGAAGAUCAAAGCGGCAUCAGAAGACUAUAUUGAGAUGGAGAAGAAGAAGCGGGAUAGAAACUUUCAAUCUCGCUCAAUGAAGGCAAGUGGAAUCGGUCGCCUGCUUGUCACCAUCUUAGAGGCGACGGAGUUGAAGUCUUUCAAAUCAAAUGGAAAAAGUAACCCAUACUGUGAAGUGACCAUGGGCUCGCAAUGUUACACUUCCCGGACCAUCAAUGACACCGCCAACCCUAAAUGGAACUUCAAUUGUCAGUUCCACAUUAAAGAUGUGUAUCAGGAUGUCCUCUGCAUUACCAUUUUGGAGAGGGAUCAGUUUUCACCAGAUGAGUUCUUAGGGCGCACUGAGGUUCCUGUGGCCACUAUUAAGAAAGAGUUGGAGAAUAAAGGUCCAUCCACCAGGAGGCUUCUGCUUCAUGAAGUUCCCACCGGGGAGGUUUGGGUUCGCCUUGACCUGCAGGUGUUUGACCACAAAGGCCCCAAAUGAGAUGAUGCUUCCUUUAAAAUUGCACCUCAAGCACAUUGACUCACCACAAACCUACUUGCUUUUGCCUUAAAAUGCUCUCGAUUACUGUGGAAAAUGCUACUGAAUGUGUGAGUUUUUGAAAGACGAGUUAGCGUUCACAACUUUGCCAAGUUUCAUUUUUGGAUUAUGUGACACGGGAAGAAAAACAAGGAAUUUUUGGGGAGAUCAUGAAGGUUUUAUUGCGUAAUAAAUUUACCACUGGAUGUAGAGAUAUCUCAGGAACAUUUUCCUUUGAAUAUAUACUGUCUUUUGUUGCUGUACUAGAAUCUAUAUUUCUAAAAACAUAACUUACCUUGAUUUGAAGUUGAUGUCCCUUUUAAACUUGAAAAUUCUCACCAGGAACACUAAAACAGUGAUGUUUUUAAUGGUCCCAUCUGCCAUAUUUGCCAAUGCUAACUUUUCACCUUCUUCACCGUUACAAAAAUUAAUUUGCACCAGCCAGUUUAUCAUCUACAGAAACGUUUAAAAGCUCACGUGGUCGUUGUAACAUUUUUGUUGGGCUUACUGUUAGUUUUAUUUACAAAGGUACAAAUGAGGUGAUUAACAGGGGGUGAUUUUGCUGUUGAUUUUCUGUACUUGACUGAGUUUUAUUUAUGUUAAUUUAUGCGCCAUGGACUAUCUGCACAUUUUAGGCUGCCCAAUAUUUCUGGAUUGCCACGGAGCAUUCAGUUAAGGUCUUAAUAUUGUAAAUUGUAUUAUUAAACUGUAACAGUAUGGAUGUAAUAAAGUUUGUUGGAUGUCUUGUG